UGUUUGGCUAUUUGUGAUCAAGAAAGGUUGGAAACAUGUAGAAGUCCUAAAUAUUCUUUCCUUUGAGAUUUUUAGUACAGAUGUCUACAAGAUUUGUUAAAAAUCCUAGAAUAUUUUGACUAGAAAAAAUACCAUUAAACUGUAUUAAAGCGGUUAAAGAUUAGUUUCUCUUUGACUUGUCAUGUGAUUAUAGUAGCAAGCAUUGUCACUGUCUAUAUAUACCCACUGAUCUUGUUGUGGCUACUCACCUUAUCAAACUAUCUUCUUCUUGGUUCUUCAUCAUCUACUCUACACAUUUCUUCUCUUCAAAAACUUAUUAGUCUUAACUCUUAAGAAACAGAAAGUAGAAAUGGAAGGUAAAGGGAAAGUCGGAUCAUCAUCUUCUUCUUCCUUCACUAAUCAGCUCUUUGGCCCCAAGGAACCUUCUUCCUCCUCCAACUUCAGCUCCAUUUUCCCUCCUCCCUCCAAGGGAACAACAGGAAACAUGAUCUUAAGCUCCAAACAUGGGUCUCUAGGCCAAUGCCAAGAAUCUGCAACCUGCAAUCUAAGUUCGUCUCUUUACUACGGUGGUCAAGACGUUUAUUCUGGAUCAACAAGAAACAAUACUUACCAUACCGUUAACAAGGCUCAGUCCGGAGGAAACAAUGAGGCUAGUGGAAACAACUCGAUGGACGCAUCUAGAGGAAACUGGUGGAAAGGUUCACUCUAUUACUAGAAUCUUGUUUACAAAGUAUCAAGAAAAUCUACUGGAAACAAAAUGAUUUCGGUCGUAUCUUUCUUUGUUUGACUUGUGUGAAAGAAAUUGCAUCAAUGAUGCUUUGUUAGUGUCUCUGUAAAAUGUUAUAUCAAAUAUUAGAUUUUGUAAUUUAAAACGUUCAAAUUGUCAUGAAAUGGCAAUAAAAUAUGAAAAAAAUGAAGGAGAAAUACAGAUGAUGGAUUAUC